GAACAGAGGCGGUCGUGAACUACACCGCAAUACAGGGAAUAAGGUGCACUAUGGCAUUGUUCUGGAUAAUAAUUAUAGUCUGCAUGGCUGAUUCCACACAGGGUGCGGGAUGUACAGAGGGCCAGCAUUGCUCAGGCUGCGACACGGCGGGCAACUGCUUACAACAAUGUGACAAGGGAUACUUUGGACUAAAAUGCAGGUCGCCAUGUAGCACCACAUGCAGACACAACAGAUGCACACUAGUUGAGGGAAGAGGCAUCGGCAAGUGUACUGAUGGCUGUGUAUCCGGAUAUCAAGGCAUAAGUUGUGACAGACCCUGUGACAGCCAGGCAGUCGAAUGUACGCUGUGCACAGGUGGAUGUGAUGGGGAAUACUGCCAGCUGGGUGGGGCUUGUUUUGCCGGAUGUAGAGAUUCCUUCUACGGAGCAGGAUGCAAGACGUGCCCUAGUCACUGCAGAAACUGCAGCAGGAUGACAGGAGUAUGUGACGAGUGCGACCCAACACAUUAUGGAGUGAACUGCGAGACGUCGUGUGAGAACUGUGCAGGAUCCUGUGAGUCCAGCUGUGAAUGUGUUCCUGGCUUCUACGGGGACUUCUGUGCCGAGACUUGCAGUAAAACAUGCCGCCCUAAGUCAGUCCACAAGUGUCUUCCAUUUCCUGGUAUGACGUCAGACAAUUGUACAGGUGGAUGUCACAAACACAGUGCCGAGUGUCUCCAUGGUUGUGUGGAUGGCUGGUUCGGGCCGACGUGUUCUUCUCCCUGUAAUCCUGGAUGCCGACAUCAAAGAUGUAAUGAUGCAGGCUCUUGUGCUGAAGGCUGUGAACCUCAGCAUUUCGGUCCAGCCUGUGAACCGUGUCCUGAGAGCUGCGUCACUUGCGACUCUGAAAACGGUUCAGGAGUAGGACGUGAACUUAACUGUACACAGGAUUGCGCUCCACCAAUAUGCACCAGUCUUCCGAAGUGGCGGCAUAUCAGCACAAUUACACUAACGUCGGUUGUGUGUGCAGUCGUCUUUUUCGUCCUGGUUGCAAAUACCGUAUGCUGUAUCUGUUUCCGCAAGGGCCCGUGUUUUCAAAGGCGGACGCCGCGAAGUACCAGGUAUUACAUCGCUAUUGGGAAAUCACAGAAGUUGAAGCAGGAUUGGGCGACGAGAUACGGAAUCAGAACUACGGAAAUUCAAGUGAUGCCAAUGAUGCUGCAAUUUUUGUUUGAGCGGAUUACUUUCCGGGAGCCAAAGAUGAAGGCACUGAAGCCGGAGAUGAAGGCACUGAAGCCAGAGAUGAAGGCACUGACGCCGGAGAUGAAGGCACUGACGCCGGAGAUAAAGUUCAGAAUGACACUGCGGAUUACUUUCCGGGAGCCAAAGAUGAAGGCACUGAAGCCGGAGAUGAAGGCACUGAAGCCAGAGAUGAAGGCACUGACGCCGGAGAUAAAGGUACUGAAGCCAGAGAUGAAGGCACUGAUGCCGGAGAUGAAGGCACUGAAGCCGGAGAGGAAGGCACUGACACCGGAGAUGAAGGCACUGACGCCAGGGAUGCAGACAUUGUAG